GUAUUUGAUUUCUAGUUGUGGAAGUAAAAGCAACCAUAAUUUAAACCUCUUAUGCCUUCAACUAGCUUUUUCCGGGGCCUCACGACAACAAACUCUGCUGCUUCUACCAGAAUGACGAGUUCUCUGGGGACCCACCCUCGUAUCUGCUCAUUAGGAGGAGGUCCUGAGCAUAUUGUGAAGGAAAGAAGUUGCAAAAUUUCAUGUUUUCGUUAUACAGAUGUAGAAUCUUCUUGGAAAGAAUUGUUUCCUUCAAAAAUUCAGAAGUUUAAUAGCUGCCGCCACCUAAAUACUCGAAAAUGUUGGUCAAUUUUUUCUGCUGCAACCGGUGAUGCAAAUGAUCCGGAUGACUCAGAAGAUAGUAAGAAUCCUCCAGAAAAUGAAAAUGAAUCUGUAAAUAGUGAAAUUUUAAGGGGCAAUCUUGAAAGAAUUGUCGGGCGGGAUGACUCUGCAUUUAGUGGAAUAGAUCUUGCAGCUCUGAUAAGGAAUAAAUAUGGAAGGUCCUAUGAUGUUCAAUUGAUUAAGAAGGAAUUCAUGGGGAAAAAUCUUCUCGCGUUAAAUGUUAUGUGGAAAUACAGGGAGCAGCGAUCUUUUCCGUUAACUGAAGAAGAGUACCUACUGAGGCUAGAUGAUGUGGCAAACACAUUGAAAUGUUGGGGAGCUGUUUCGCAUAUUCGUAAUAGCCUUGAGAAGUUGAAAGAGCGGCCUCGGAUAGGAAAGGCAGUGAGCAUUUUCAUCGAUAUGGAUGAAUCCGGAGGCCGUGCAAAUGAAUGGAUUUACAAGUAGACCAGAACAUUGUAGCUCCUCAAUGUUGAUAGUUAGCAAUACAUAGGUAGAUAUA